UAUGAGUAGUUUGAGGCAUGUAUGGUGGUUGUGUUUUUAAAUUUAUGAUAUUGAUAUAAAGAAAUUAAUGUAGCUUAUACAUUAGUAUAGUAGUGAUUCAGAAUUGAUUAGCAAGAAUCUGUACAAAAAUAUGACAACUUACAUAACCCACCCAGUUCAGCGAGACAUGAUCAAUUUGGGAUGCACAAAUCAAUUCAGUGUCGGAAUUGCUUUUCAGGUUUAUAUGGACCUCUGUGAAGUUCAGGCACUGCACGAUGUCAAGUACUUGUACAACCGUGAACUUGAUUUGCUGUACCUGAUGGGCAAAGAUGGGAGAGGCUCACAGUCUGCUUCAAGAACGGAGAUAUUUCUUCCACUUUCAACUGUUUGUGAAAUCACCCCUGCAUGGAUACAGAAAGUGCAAGAUACACUUUGUGCUGACCAAGAAGAGAAAGGGAUAACAUUAGCCAUGAAGGAGCAUGACUCCACAGUGGUCUACUAUCGCCUGACACAAGGCUUACUACCACCAGACUCUCCAGAAACUAAACAUCGAAAGAAACAGCUUGAUGAGCAGAAACGUUUUAUUGAAGGGGAAAUAUGCAGAAUGCGACAUAAAUUGACAGAGAGAGCUCAUAAUGCUGGGUCUCUUGGAGAGGCAAAGACAUUUAUAGGUAAUGAACAAGAAACAGCUCACUCCGCAAGCACUACUGCUGUAGAUGGAGAGCAUCGGAUGAGCACCAGGGAGGAUACUGGGCACCAGCCACACACGAGCACUGGAGUCACAGAGGAAAGUACACAGGUAGCAAAAGAAUAUCCCGAUGACAGUUCUUCAGGCAGAACCUUGGCAGUGCAGCAGCAAGACUAAGACCAGGUGUUGUGCAUAUCGCCACAAAAAUGGUCUCGUUAACAGCUGGGUCCAGCAAGUUGUUGUCAGUCAGUUGCCAGUUUAUCUUUCAUUUCAUCCAGGCAAAUGCUGAACAAGAAGUGUGAAACAGACCACACCUUCUUCCUUCUUGUUCCAUUCUAUUGCUCAGCAUUCAGUCAUCCUCUCAUAUCAUUAAACACUAGUCACUGCAGUUGAAACAUCAUCAUUAAAUCUACAAAUAAAGUUAAUUUGCAAAUGA